GGCAUACUUCAAGAGCUUUGGUGAUGACAUAAACGCAUGCAGUGUGCUCUUGGUGUUCAUUGCAAAGACAAGAAGCGAAGGACUUCUCACAAUUGCAAGGAAGGCUAAAGAGAUGGAGCUGAAAGUCUUGUUCAUAAGGACAUGUCAGGAUGAAGAUGAACUCCAGCAUACUGACAGCAUCCGAAGGGAAGUCCACGAGGACCUCAAGGCACACAUUGAUGAUAUUGACGUGACUGAUAUCUUCAUUGUGAACACUCUGGACGACAAAAUGGUUCAAGACAAAUGGCACUUGGGCUCUCUCAGGGCAGCCAUCCUCCAUGCCAUGGACCAGUUUGACAUGACUGACAGAAACUUGAUGCAAAUGCAGAUGGAAGGGAUUAUUGCACUGAACGAAGGCAAGAGCAGCAAACCAAGUGACCAUAUACUGAGGGCACUGUAUGGCUGUCCAAGGACUAUCAAACCACUCUUACCAGACUGGAAGGCAGCGAUCACCCCGGGUGCCAAAUCAUGUUCUACUUCUAAUUUCAGCUCUGGGGGUUGUGUCAUUGCGACAUUGAGCAAAUACUAGUAUAUUUGCAUUACUCAAGUCCAAUUUCUAUAUAUUAUUAAACUUGGUCCAUAAAGGCACAUAAUUCCAUGCAUCAGUUACCAUGGAGUAUCAAAUUGGUGAUACCACAAAAUGUGGGCAAAUUUAGUACUAGCAACAGUGUCUUGUUUAUUAUGGAUAUUGUUUUUACUCCACAAAUCAACAUCAAACAGCAUUUUGGGGACUGAGAUAAAUGAUUUGUUGAUUAGACUGACAAUCCUCAAGUUAAAAGACAAGAUGAUUUGAUAUUGCAAGACUUUAAGUGCAAUGGACAAAGUUAUGGUCAUACUGGAACAUUAUUUCUUGAUGAUGUGCUAAGUAUAUCAUUCUGUAGUGUUACAGCAGCUUUGAUAUUCCUCAUGAUAAUACAAGUGGUGAUAACACUUUUAUACAGGGGUGAUUGGCAAACCAGAAGCUGACAUCAGAACAUUCAUCUGCUCCCUUCUUGGUCUUGAUAACAACCUGCCUGAACAGACCAAGGACCCUGCCAAAGCAACAGUGUACCACAGCCCAGACCACCCCUGCAACAUCUCUGUUGUACAGUUUCCCUCAGCCUCACUUACUCCUGGACAACAUGGAUUUGUUUCCCGGUACAUGGAUUUCCACGGAGACAAGAUGCAGGACUGUGAUCUGUUCUUGGUCUUCUGCCAGGACAAAGUGACUGACGAGGCAGCUUGGGUGGCCAACAAGGCUAUGGAAAUGAAGAAGAAGGUGCUCCUGAUUGGAUCAAAAUGUGACCAAACUGCUACUUUAGGGGCUGCUGCCAAGCUUCCAACUGAGGACACAGAAGACAGGGAACUCUGCAACAGGCUAACAGAGGAAUUCAAAGUCUGAAA